UGUGGCGAAAUUAAUGCAUUAUAAUAGAAAAGGAUCAAUGACUGUAAAGUAUUAAAAAUUUGUAAUUUGUAAUUGUUUCUGUUAAAAAGAAGUUACUUCAAUUUUUUUUAUUCCAUAAAACAAAGAAAUAGUAUAUAAGAUAUACAGUUUCUGUUACAAUUUCAAAUAUAGUGAAUGUUCUGCCUGAGAUUAUAUGUUAACAAUUUUCCUUAACGUUCUUAAAUAUUAAAGAAUUGAAGCAUAUAUUACUAUGCUAUAUUCUUAAGAUUCUUCUAACAAUUUUUCUUCUACUGAUUUCACUGAAGGUCAUCGAUUAUGGUUAUAAAUGACUGAUAUCUUUAAAUAAUUUAUAAAUAAAUAAAUAUAUUUAGAUCUUACAAAUGGAUAAUAUUCAAUCAAUAUUCAAUCAAAAAAUAAAAGAUGCACAUAACAUAGUCGAUACUAAUUUACCUGAAGUUAUGGCAGGCUUAGAAAUGCUUACAGUAAAUGCAAAUUUAUCAUCUUCAGAAAACAAGCAAAGACUCAGAAGAAGAAUACCUGCAAUUGAAUCUAAUGAGAAUCUUAAUAGAAGAUGCAGUUUAAGACCAAGAAAAAGAACACGCUCAGAAAUGGAAGAUAAUAGCAGAAAAAGUAAAUAUCAGACAGAAGAAAUUGAUUGUAAAGAAUAUUAUUUAAAUAAAAAUUUAAAAAGAAGAUUAAAUAAUUUGGAAACAAUUUAUGAAGAAAAAGAUGAAACAAGUGAAUGUAUUGCAUAUAUGAGCGUGAAGAGGUACAAACGUAUGAUCCAGUUCCAGGAACAACCUACAGAUAAUAAGUUAAAGAAAAGAAGGGCAAAAAUUAAAAAAGUAUUCGGAUCAAAGAUCAAUUUCAAACGAAGACGUGCAUCUAUGCAGAUGUUGCUUGAUAAAUUAAAUGUUAUUAAAGUAGAAUCACCUGCAAAAGUUGAAAAUGAAAUAAAAUAAGAAGACCUACAGAUAAUAAGUUAAAGAAAAGAAGGGCAAAAGUUAAAAACGUAUUUGGGACAAAAAUCAAUUUCAAACAAAGACGUGCAUCUAUGGAGAUAUUGCUUGAUAAAUUAAACGGUAUUAGAGUAGAAUCACUUGCAAAAAUUGAAAAUAAGAUAAAGUAAGAAGAUGUAAAAACAUUAAGUUGUAUAAGAAAUUUUUUUACAAUUAAAAUAUAACAAUAGAAAAAGAAA